GAAACACUUCCUGUUUUUAGCUCUUCGUAAACUCGUGGGUAGCUGUUUGCCGUGAUAUUGUAAUAAUAUGCAAGUGAAGACCAUGAAUUUACUCUGUCGCUCAAGGAAGUUGUUGUCCUCGGUAUUUAUACGUAGUGUUUUACUGACGCGAACAGAGCCCUUUGAAAGCGCUUGUUCCACCCCCAAGGCUCGGUGCCUUAGCCUGUCUCUGCCUCAACAUUUUACAGCAAGUCUACCCUCAUGUCAACGCUGGCGUCACUCAGCGUCCUAUUUUGAUAUAAAAAGAUGUUAUUCAGAAAGCGAAAAGAGCCGAAAUUCAGAGAGCAGCGGCGUGAUUGAAGAUGAUUCACAUGAGCUACACGAUAAUAGCAGCGAAAAGAGCUCCUUUAGUCAGAGAUCCUUGGAGACUUUCAGUCUUGAUGUGCUGGUGUCUCUUCUGCGUCAGGAAAAUGCUGUGGACCUCUGUGUGAUUAAAGUACCAGAACACAUCAAAUAUUCUGAGUACUUCAUUGUUGUCAGUGGUGUGUCACCAAGGCACCUCCGCGCAAUGGCACUUUAUGCCAUUAAAGUGUACAAGUUUCUGAAGAAAGAUGGAGAUCCAAAUGUCAAGAUUGAAGGGAAGGAUGCAGAGGAUUGGAUGUGUAUUGACUUUGGUAAUAUGGUUGUUCAUUUCAUGCUGCCAGAGACUAGGGAUGUGUAUGAACUGGAGAAACUGUGGACUCUCCGCAGCUACGAUGAGCAGCUGAAGAUCAUCCCAACGGAGACGCUUCCAGAAGAUUUCAUACUUGAUGUUGAAGUCACAAAGUGACAACAUCUAAGACUAAAUAAUAAGAUGGGCCCAGGCUGAACUACUUCUUUUUAACUUUGGAUGCAUUCUUUAUUGUCUAAAACCAAAAAUACAUUUGAGUGACAAACAUGCUGAAACCCAACCAACAUACUGUAUCAGUAUGUAUUGAUCUCCUUCUAGAUGUUAGUGAAAUCUGUGCACAAUGAUCACCUAAUGGGUCUUCAUUCAAAUUGUGCUCGAAGUCAAGGUCACAUUUGUUGUUUUACAAGCAAAAACCUGUUAAUUGUGAUGGCCAGAAUGUGAGCUGGAUGAGCUACUAUCUCACUGACAUUUGGGUUUUUAAAGAGAAUAGGUCAGAAAAAGAAAGGGGGAAAAACUGAGCAAUUUAGAAAUUGUGGCAUCACAGUUUGUCCAGGAAAGUGUGCACUGAGCCCAAUGCUUACAACACUCUCAGCACAGCUGUGCAGGUGGUGGUUCACUCAAGCAGUGUCUUAAAUGUGAGUUUGAGUUUCCAUUUAUGUAUAUUGAUGGGGGGGGGCUUACCACAUUUGACUAAAACAACUCAUCUUAAACUUGACUGAAUACCAUUCUGCAAAACCCUGCAGAGAAACAGUAGUGAGAUAAGUAGCUGUUUGUCUUAAUCUGCUUUCUAGUGCAUUUGAAUGCAUGUGCACUUGCUAAUGUUAUGUGACUUUUCACUAACUAAAGCAAGACCAUAGAAACUAGAACAAAUUAUGAGAUCAAAUAGGCAGUUAUAAACAACAAAUUGUGCAGACCUAUGCUCAGUGCCCCACAUUCUCUUAUAACACAUACACCACUCAGACACAAGCUCUUACAGAUUUGCAGAUACAGAAAGCAUGUUACUGACAUGACCUAUAUGAUAAGAUGAAGUGGUGGCUAUGCUACAGUUUUUUUGUCACAUGAUAACUGCGAUGAACCACAACCACUGUUAACAAAGUAGGCUAAAUGAUCUCAAAAAGCAACUAUCACCCCACCAUCUAAAGAAACACUGAGGAAACAGUCACUGACAUCUGUCAGUCUGGAAAAAGUUGCAAAACCAUUUCUAAGGCUUUGGGACUCCAGUGAACCACA